AGCGAUAUCUAGAACGUCAUGCUGUCUGAACGCAAUCAUCCUUGCUACCGACAUUCACAAGAGAACAUGCACGACACUGGCCCUAUCAUUAAGGAAGCAGGAUACAAUACAUGGUAUGCACAGAGCCGUUCCCUGGGUAAAACUGUUGAUAAUGAUGGCGAGAUAGUUGACACCAGCAUGGAUAGUCUACCACCGCAACAAGAAGCAGGAAUGCGCGCGACGCAGAAAGCCCGAAGAAUUCUGGGAAACUUUUUCCACUCUUGGAACAAAUUCUGGAAGCCGGGCGAACAAGCCGCAACGUGUUCGAAAGAAAAAGACGAUUUUCCAGGCAAAGGAAUAGCUCCUGCGUCUCCUUAUAUACCUAUUUUUGAAACAACCAAGUACGGAGCAGGUCAGCUAACGAUUCCGCUGGGGUACAACAGCGCAAUGGAAGAUAGCUUCAUGACCCCGGAAGGAGUGUAUCUGGAGGAUAUCUUACACACCGAGCGGAAACUGUGUAAGAAGCGACGUAAACAAUCUGUCAAAAGUAAUCAGCAUGUAUCCAGAGCACCUACAAAUUGUGGUAAAAAUCGUAAAGAUAUCGACCUUUACCAUCCUGAUUUAAGUUCCUCGAUGGAUGACAGUUAUGGUUACGACUACCGGGAAGCACCGUAUUACGAUGCAAUCGAUAUACCCUCGUUACACCUCAGUUACUUAUCGUCAAACUUUAGUCCUUCGUCGUUCGGUAGUAUUGGUAGCUUUCACGACGCUCUACAGGAUGGGUUCGUGUCGGUGGAUCGUGAAGGUGAUCUUCUAACGGCCGCAGUACCCAUCCCUGAAAAUCAGCCAAUUAAACCUGCCUCAAUUGCCGCUUCUCUUAACACCCCUCCUGGCACAACUGUGAACGCGAUCGGUGAUCUAGGUGGUUUGAAAUGUGAUACCGAACCUGACGCCAGCGAGUUCGUGAUGUACACGGAUUUCGAUGUGUUCACAACACCUUCCGCUAGUCCUGCCCGACGUCGUACUUCGCGGGGUUUGUGUAAAGCUUUUAAUUUCGUUUGGCACCGCCAACAUUCGGGCGAUAGCCAACGCGAUGUGGAUGAUGAUGCGGAAGGUCGGUGGGGUUAUAGCAGCGGAGAUUUCACUGACGAUGAUUGUGAUGAUGGCGAGAGCCUUGACGGAGCCGGUGGAUGCAACGAACAGGAGCACAGCUACAGCGACGAUGACGAAAGCGUCAUUUUCUGUGAGGAGGGUGAUGAUGAACAGGACGAUUCAAAUUCUUCCUCGGGCUUCGAGGACAGGAAGGUUCGAUUCAAUUCGAAACCGAUAGUGCACGUCAUGAGAACCUGGGACUUCGCCUACCGUCAAGCACGCAAGGGUGAUUGGGAGGUGGCCGCCCGCGAUAGCGAGCGCUUCCGAAAGCGAAUCGCCGAAUUAGAACCGGUGCUAGCACCAGCCCUACAGUCAGCGUUACGUGAUAGAAUUUAUGCCGAACGAUUUAGCGACGAGGAGAAUACGAGAAGAAUUUGAGUUGUUAAGAAUGUUACAAAGCCGAAACUUUCGUAUGGCUUUUGGUUUGAACUGUGUCUAGUAUCCACAUGCAAUGCAUCUUGUCUGUAGUAAAAAAGCUUUGAUUUAGGAGUCAUUCUCCUCGCACAUUGGGUGAUACGACCGUAGCCAACAUAAGUAAAUUUGGUGAAUUAUAUUUAUGCGCUUAUUUUUGUUUUGAAUUAAUUUAAUGUUACGUAGUUAGAUUUAUAACGUACUAUUCUUCUGUAGAUACUAAAGAGCUUUAAAAUCGUACAGAGAAAUAUGCAAAUAAAAUAUCUAUCAUCAGGGCGUUGCUAAUUUUAAACAUCUGUAAAAAAUGUAAUAAAAUGAACUACAGUUGUUGAGAAUGGAUAAUUUCA